UCAGGAAGUUGGAGAUCCCGGUAGUUCCCCUUUACUUUAGAGAACUAUUAUAGUUCUGUGAGAAGUUCGAGCUUCGCCAUCGCAUGUUUAUAAACGUCUAUAAUAUAAAUACUCAUUUCAUUCUUUUCCCGUCUUUGACGUGGAAUUCGUAGUCAUAUUUUUCUUACCGGAACUGGUUGAAAACUCAAGAGAGGUGAAAAACAGAUAACAGGAGGAUGGAGGUUACUCACCUGACGGAGGACGAAAUGGCCGAUAUAAAGAAGGAAGCCAUAGACCGGUUACGACCAUACCUGGUGGAUAAGAUCAUCGCGGAGCGGCACUUUGAUUACCUGCGCUCUAAGAAGAUCCUGACCAGAGAGGACACAGAGGAGAUCAGCUGCAGGACCACGAGAGGGAGACGCACCAGCAAACUGUUGGAUAUCCUCGCAGAAAACCCACGGGGUUUAGACAUGCUCAUCGAGUCUAUCAAGUGGGGCCGCACACUCAACUUCAUCAUCGCAAAGAUCACAGAUGAGGUGCAGCGCGUGAAAAAUGAGAGACUGGAAGCUUUAAAAGCAGGCUCCUCAGCCAAUUCGGGUUAUUCAAGCACAAAAAGCGCAACCAAUGACUUCUCCAAACUGGACUUGGACUAUGACAAGUACUCCACUAUAUGUUACCAUCCUGAAGGAGAAGCAAGUACAUCCGCCUCAGUUGCUACAGGAUCCUUUAACCUGCGCUACGGGUCGGGUCGAGGGAACGAGGCUCUGUCGGGCUGUGGAGGCACCGGGAGCAUGAACGUGUCUUCCACAACAUCAUCCAGUCUUCCUAAACCUGGAGACCCUGGAGCUCCAGCGCUGCCGGAGGAGCUGGAGAUGGAGGAUGCAGAUGCUGCUGUCUGUGGAAGUGCAGGGAGCAGCGGGGACGCCAACUUCCAGCCGUUGCGCUCGCGUUGUUUAUCUCCGAACAUGUCGUAACGUAACCUUUCAACACAAUCACUGUGUGAGAUUCAGAACAUUUUCCAAACCAUUAGUCUGUUAUGUCUUUCACCAAUUGAAGCAUAGUCACACUUUAACAUUUUUUUUGCUGCUUGUUAAGUUUGCUUAAUUAAACUGAGUUAAAGUAACACAAUUGCUGAACAUUUUGUUUCCGCUUAACUCUUUCCCCGCCAUUGACAAGUUUUUCCCAAAAUCUGUGUUUUCACUGUUAUACGGUAGGGGGCGCUGUUACAGAUCUUCUGAAAUAGUACAGCAUCUCCAGAUCCAAAAACAAUCAAAGAAAAAGAUCUUUGUAAACCAGAAGGAGCGGAUAGAAGUUGUUUACACACAUGCUAACAUGAUCAUUAAACAUUAAACAGAAUAUAAAUCCAAACUGACUAACGUUACUGAAUGAACUGUCGAACCCAUGAAGAGGAAACAGCUUUGGGGGUGUUGAUGGACUCGAUCUACUACAUCUAUGGACAAAAACAUGAUUUUCUCAGCUUUUUGUUUCGAAAAUGCAUAUUUUUUUUAUGAAACUUUCCCACAUUCGAGUGUUGAUAAUAAUGAAUGAAGCUAGAAUAAAAUGUUUUUAUUGUUGUUGUUUAAAAGCAGAGGUUCUAUUCUUUCUUUUGAUUUAUAGACCUUCUGUAGCUCCGCCCCUUUUCAGCGCUGCGCUAGUUGCGUUCUGUGUUCCAGUUUGUAUUUUCACAAAAUGAAGGUAAGAUCUUACGGAUUUAUGAAUGAACUACUCUUUUAAAAUCUUCCUGGUCUACUGACAUUUGUUAUGACAUCCGCUUCAAACAUUUCAAUGCUCAUGAUAACUUUAGUUAAAGGAUCAGUUCACUUCUGAAUGAAAAUUUUCUGAUAAUUUACUCACCCCCAUUUCAUCCAAGAUGUUCAUGUCUUUCUUUCUUCAGUGGAAAAGAAAUGAAGGUUUUUGAGGAAAACAUUCCAGGAUUUUUCUCCAUAUAGUGGACUUCACUGGGGUUCAACGGGUUGAAGGUCCAAAUGUCAGUUUCAGUGCAGCUUCAAAGAGCUCUACAUGAUCCCAGACGAGGAAUAAGAGUCUUAUCUAGAGAAACUAUUUUCUAAAAAAAAAUAAAAAUUAUAUGCUUUUUAACCACAAAUGCUCGUCUUGCACUGCUCUGUGAUGCUCCACGCAUUACGUAAUCACGUUGGAAAGGUCACGCGUGAUGUAGGUGAUGAGCAUUUGUUGUUAAAAAGUAUAUAAUUUUUAUUUUUUUUAGAAAAUGUCCGAUGGUUUCUCUAGAUUAGACUCUUAUUCCUCGUCUGGGAUCAUGUAGAGCUCUUUGAAGCUGCACUGAAACUGACAUUUGGACCUUCAACCCGUUGAACCCCAGUGAAGUCCACUAUAUGGAGAAAAAUCCUGGAAUGUUUUCCUCAAAAACCUUCAUUUCUUUUCGACUGAAGAAAGGAAGACUUGAACAUCUUGGAUGACAUCGGGGAGAGUAAAUCAUCAGGAAAUUUUAACCCUUCUUGUCAAAUAUUGCGCUGAAAACAUCAAUAAGAGCUUAGAUUGUCAGUGUUGGCAAAUGACCCUGGUAAAUAAGCAGGAUAAUCCAAGGCCAUGAAUUAUCGUGCAACAUUCUUAUCAAUUAUAUAUUCAUGCAACAAAAUAUUCUGGCGGCCAUGAAAGUUUUGUGAUUAAGAUCAAAAAUACUGGUGCUGGCAACCUAAAAAUAAAACUGGCGGGGGAAGAGUUAAUUUAACCAUCCAAUCUACUGAAGUCUGUUUUUGUGUUGGGACUAUCUAAAUCUUUUUGUUAUUUAGCAUUAACUGAAACUGGGCAUUUCAUUUUUAAUUUCCAGCAUGCUUUACAUGGGGCUGGAUCAAGAGAGUAAAUGUUGAAAUUAAGUGUUUAUUUGCUGUUAAGUUUGACAUUUAACCGAGUUUAUGUUGAAGUUUUUGUGGUUUCAUUGUGCUGCAGAGUAAAGCGUGUGGUGAGGUUGUGGGUGGCUGCAUGAAUUGAGUUCAGUGUAAUUUGCUCCAUUCAGUGAGCAAUAGUUGUACUGAAAUCAGUGCAGAAAUGAGUAACUUCUUGUUCUUUGCAAACAGAAGCUUUUUUAAGCGUACAAUAACAAACAGGAGUUCAUAUUACUCACUCUUUGUAUUUUGUAUUGUAUUGACAAAUGUUAAGUUGACAUUUACCUCAUCUGUUAAAUUUAGGUAGACUUAUCACAUGGGAUGAAGUCUGCCCAAACAAAAUGGGUACAAAUUACCUCAGUUUCAAGUAGAUUCUGUAGGUUUGUUUUUACAGUGCAUGAUUUUGGAUUUAAAGUAAUAACAGCUUGUUAUUGCGAGUUUGAGCAUUUUUUUUGUCUGCUCAACAGGUACAUUAUAAAUCAUUCCAAACUUG